AUCAAUUUAUGCUUGUUUUCGACUUAUCGCAUACAAAACUAUCUUUAUUUUUCACAGCUCGUAUCCACUGCUGGAUAUAAUUUCUCAAAACUUCACGUUUCCAAAGUUUGCCAGAUCUACUUCAAAUUUUUUUGAAAGCUAUAUCACGUGUUUGCAUAGUAUUCAUCACACAACUCCAAUUAAUUUUCUCCCUCUAAAGCUGUAUCCGCUUUCUUUUAUUAUUACAAGAUUUCCCAAAUUGGUUCUUACACAUAGAAGGUGCAGCCAUGCUCCCACUUAUGUUUCUGUUCUUGCUGUCAAUUAUUUUCUGUGCAAAUAGCGCAGAGCUUCGGAACGAUGGAAAAUAUCAGAAGGACAGAGCUUCUUCAGCUGAGAACCAGUUGGGAGCUCCAACUCAUUCCUCGCACUCACUCAGAAGCGAACAAGGUCGGAGUCAAUCUGGGUUCUCGUGGAUCUCCGGACAUUAUCACCCAGGGUACAAUGGGUCGGAGUGUAAGAUGAGUCUCUACACUCCGAAACAGACCACACCCAGUUUGGACACAUCGCAAAUGCGGAUGAAGAAAGAUGUUGGGAAUGGCUCCAUUUGUUUGGAAAGGAUCCAAAUUUAGGUAGAAUUGGUCGGAGUGUAAGAUGAUUUUGUACACUCCGAAACAGGAGACGCCCAGUUUGGACACAUCGGAAAUGCGGAUGACGAAGGAUGUUGGGAAUGGGUCCAUUUGCUUGGAAAACACCCAUAUUCAAAGAAGAUGGAAUGACGUCUCUAAUCUCCAAGGAAUUCUAGUUGCACUGAUAAUAGAGGGGAAACUGAGUGCACGAGGAUGGCCGAUUGAGUUCGAACGAACUCAAACGGAGUUCUUGUUGGGUCAGUUGAACUUGAACUAUUCGACCGGACAGAACAACAUCAUGUUCUGUUUGCAGCUGAAUGAGUUCAACUUGACAGUUCUCUCGUCCAGUCAAAUGAUCCAAAUAAUGGUCUGGAUUAGUGAACUCCCAACUGACUACUCGGGUCCGAGACGAGAACCGCACCAAGAAAGACAGAUAAUCGGAGAUAUGGAUCUUACAUUAGACAGAUUUGUUAUUAAUGAGCUUCGUAACUCCUGUUAA